CUCUCUCUCUCUCUCUCUCUCUCUCUUUCUCUCCCUUCUACACUGCAACAGAGAAUCAAGAAGAAGAAGAAGACGAGAUGCCGCUGCAUUCAAGGAACGGUGGGCUAUCAACUCCAUUGUUAUCUUCCUCAUCAGCACCCAGCAGCAAUAGCAGCAGCGAUACAGACGAAAGCCCAGCCCCAUCAAGAAGACACGACUUCCCAGAUCUCCAUUUCCCCAUCCCAAAACCCCCCAUCUCCCCUUCCCAGUCCUACAAGUCCUUGGCAAUCCUCUCAGGCCACAUCGGCUCCGUUUCCUGCCUUUCCUUGUGCGGGGAAUUCAUCCUCAGCGCCUCCCAGGGCCGAGACAUCAUCGUAUGGCAACACCCGGAUCUCCGCCAAUUCACCAAAUUCGGCCAGGGAGACGGCUCCGUCAAGGCCAUUUUAACAGUCGGAAACAAAGUCUUCACGGCCCACCAAGACAGCAGAAUCAGAGCGUGGAAGGUUUCCAGAAGGUCCGAGAAUGUUUUCCGGAUCCUCGACACUCUCCCCACAACAAAAGACUGCCUAGGAAAAUUCAUGCGGCAGAGCAAUUACGUCCAAACCAGGAGGAACCACAAGAAACUAUGGAUCCAACACGCGGACAGCAUCUCCUGUUUGGCCUUCCACAACGGGCACUUAUACUCCGGGUCCUGGGACAAGACAUUGAAGGUGUGGAGCCUCUCGGAUUUCAAAUGCGUCGAGUCGAUCAAGGCGCACGAGGACGCGAUCAACGGGCUAAUAUCGAGCCACGGGGUCGUCUAUUCGGCCUCCGCGGAUGGGAAAAUCAAGGCGUGGAGGAGAACAGAAAAGGAGAGAAUACAUUCCCUGGUGGGGCUCAUGGAGGGGCAUACAGAUGUUUCUUUCAACACUGUGGUGGUUUCUGAGGAUGGGGGGUUUGUGUAUGGGGGAGGGUCGGAUGGGUAUGUGAUGGGGUGGGAUAGGGUAGGGGGUAAAAGGGUGUGUGAGGUGAAAGCACAUGAAAUGGCUGUUUUGUGUAUGUGUGUAAUGGGGGGUGAUUUUCUUUGCAGUGGCUCAGCUGAUAAGAGUAUAGGGAUAUGGAGGAGGGAGAUGAAUGGUGGGAUUUUCAGAGUUGGGGUUAUAAAGGGGCAUGAAGGGCCUAUUAGGUGUCUUCAGGCAUCUCCAUUUAGUGUGGGGGGUGGGUUUAUGCUGUAUAGUGGGAGCCUUGAUAGAAGCCUUAGGGUUUGGUGGGUUCCCAAGUAUUGUGACAGAUCUGAGGAAAAAUCUGCAGACAGGUUUUUGAGGUUGCCUUCUGUGUAACAGAAGAGAAAUGUUUCUUGAAGAAGCACUGGUCUGGUUUUUUACAGUGUGUGCAGUGCUUUUGGAAUCUUUAAUUAGAGAGUUUUGGGGUGGAUUGGAUUGGAGAGGUUUGUGUUCUGCAGUUUGUUUUUGGAGGAUUUAAUUCUGUAGUGUGAAGUCAUAGGACAUGAUCAAGAAUGUGUUGUUUCAUUUAUUUAUUUUUUUGAUCACAAAUAGUUCAUUUAUUUUUAAUUGUAAUUAUGCCCACACAGUGAUUGGAAUCAAUGAAUAAUACUAUAGUUUUUAUUCUUUUUU